CCAAACCAACCACCACGGGCAGUUCUUUUUUCUCAAGUCCUGCUUUGUGUCUCGUGCUGUUCCUUCCGCUCGUUAACUGACCUAUUUUGCUUGCUUACUCUUCUUUUUUUCUUUACGUUGUUUUUCUCCUUUUAGCUCUCAUCUACCUCUGACUCGCCGUUGCUUGCUCAACUACCUCACCUCUUGACGACGCGCGUGCCAUUCUCCCUUUUUACCCACCUCACACAAGCCAGAGCAGCCAACUGCCUGCUUGAUCUGUCGCCCACGCCACGUACCCCCUCUCAAUAACAUCUUCGAUCCGAAACGGGCCCUGUUUUUUAUUUCCUGUGUCUUUCAUCGACUUGGCCCUCGUGGGUAUCUCCAACACCCCCUUGACAUCUAUUGUCGUCAUUCGAUCAUCGCCUUCUCGACUGGCCUUGAUUGAACCCUCCGUCACACUUGCUAUCGCCAACUUCAGCAAGACUUGCCGAGAUGCAGAUUCGACGACUCUUAUUCCUGGGCCUGCUCCUCGGAGCUGAAGCCUCCAAGCUCGCCAUCCGCCAGAACACGUCGGGCUCCAACAGCCCCGCGACCACAGCUGAAGAGAGCGAGCCUACCCAGGCUGAUCCUACAACCGCCGCGGAGGCUUCGCCCACCGAAGAAACUACCGAAGAACCCGCUGAUACCACCGCCGCCGAGCCGACCACCGAAGCGCAGCCCACCGAUGACAGCACAACCGAGUCGUCCCCUACGACGACAGACUCUGGGGAUACUACCAUUACCCGAACUGUCACCGUCACCGAUGCCAAUGCCAAGACGGUGAGCCGGCAGACCACUGUGAUGCGAACCAUCACUUCUACCGUCGUGGUUACUUCGACUGCGUUCGAGACCACCACUGUUACUAGCAGCGAUGCCGAGACCGCGACUAAAACCGUAUAUGCCACUACUACUGUGUGGGCCAACGAGAAGCGUGCCCUGAACCUCGCUCCCCGAACUGUCGGCAGCUACGACGAGAUUGUCUUUGAGCAGCCCGCGCCCACUAUUACUUCGGUCCCCGAGUCCUUCAACAAUGAGCACUACGGCCUCCGCGCUUUCCGACGAGGCCUUGAGAAGCGUGCCACUAUCACCAGGCUCGUUACUGUUACUGUGGGUGAGGACAGCGAUACGACCGUUGUCAACACCAUUGCCCGUACCGUUAUUUCUACCGUGAGCAAGGAGACCGAGGUCACCAAGACCAUCACCGAGACCGAGCAGGCCGGCGCCAAGACCACAGUUACUACCACCGGCACCCUCACUAUUACCUCUACGAGAGUUACCACGGGUGUUGUUCAAACCGUGACUGUUGCUUCCUCGGGAGAUUAUGGCUCCGCCGGAACUGGUGUUCCUGAGUCCAACAACAACAACAGCAGCAGCAGCAGCGGUGGCGAUGGUGGUCUGUCCACUGGCGCCAAGGCUGGUAUCGGUGCUGGUGCUGGUGUUGCCGGUCUUCUCAUCCUUGGUGCCCUGAUCUGGUUCUGCGUCAAGAAGCGCCGCAGCGACAAGCACAAGGCCGAGUACGACGAUGUCUUUGGCUCGUCCGAGGUCCCCGUUGGCGGUCCCGUCAGCGGCGGUACUGCUCCCAACAUGUCCCAGGUCACACCUACCACUGCUUCCUCGACUCUGGCUCCCAGCCGCAACCCUACCAAGGGUUCUACCCCCGAAGGUUACCGUGGCACCGCUCUUGGUGAUGGCCGUGCCGGAUUUGCCAAGCCCCUGCCCUACGGACGUGCCUACCAGCCCGCGAGCCCCGAGACAAACUACUCGCGCACUACUGCUGGCGACAACGUGGGAGGCGUGAGCCCGGAAACCAACUACUCUCGUGUCGCUGGAGCCGAGCAGGGCUCUCCCAACUUUGGUGCCGUCGAGAUGCACAGCCCUGCCAACACAGCUGAGCUUGCCAGUGACAGCGCCGCCGCUCGAUGGCACCAGAACGACGCCGCCGAGAUCGACGGUAACCAGGUGACAAGUGCUCACGGAUCAUCGCCCCCAGCGAACGUGUAUGAGAUGCCGGCGCAACCUUACAAGUAAAUGAGGGGUAUGGCCAUGUGUCGAGUGUAACGGCCAUGGCAAAAAGGAAGGGAAAAAGGAGGAAAGCGAGAUUCUUGAUUUGACCUUUUCGAAGAUCUGAUUGGGAGAGGGAAUAAUAAUGUCAGAUACUUGUACAUACGUUGUAACACCCAUUUUUUCCUUGCGUCUAUCAUGCAUGAACCUGUACACAGCGGAUGAAGAGGAGGGAUUUCCGCACCUCAUACCUUUUAUAUUCUUUUGUUGUUUGCCAUUCAUUCUCGUGGGUAGGGAUCGUGAUACUCCAUGUCUCUUACGGGUGUUGUUGAAAGGUGUGAUUGGAGUGAAAUGAUACAUACGGGGGGACAAGGUUCCCAAAGGUUAGUUAAAGAUCCUGUCACGUUAAUUGAGUAACAGCGAUG